AAAACAGAAGAGAAGGAGGCUAGGGAUAGCGACAAUAGCAGUAGCGGUGGUAGUGGUAGUGAUUGAGGCAUUGUUUACAAGAAUGAGUAUAAAGAAUGCACUGAAUAAUGGACAUUCAAUGAGUGAUGAAGCAGUGAUAAGUAGGAUAGCGAUGGCAGCAGUGGCAAUGCUAAUGAUGCUGAGUAUGAUUUUAUAUGUGAAGUGUGCAAAUAAGCCUGUGUUGUAUGACAGAUUGAUGAUAGGAGGAAGUGUAGUGAUGGCGCUGGUGAUGAGAGCAUUGAAGGGUAUAUGUGGAGGAGAGAAUAUGAAUGAGUAUGUGAGAAUGAAAAUGAGAUUAAUUAAUGUGGUGAUGGUGGUGAUGAGUUUGGUGAUGGCAAUAGAGAGUCUAGUAGCGGUUAUUAAUAGUAGGAAUAAUAACCGUAAUAAUAUAGAUAGAAAAGAUGAGAAUGAGAGUAAUGAUGCAAGCAAGAAUGCAAGUGGAAUAGCGAAGAAUGUGAUUGUUGUGGUGAGUACGUUUGUAAUGGUAAUUACAGGAUGGGUGAUAAAGAGGAUGGGUGUAGAUGUGGAUGUGAGUAAUGAAAUGCAGCAGUAA